GUGAUGUGGGUGUGGAGUUCCAGGUUAGAGCAGCCCACCCGGCAGCGGGGGGGCUGACAGCUCCUGAUGGGGGCGGCAUUGCCGCCCCUUGGAGAAAGUCUCCCUUUCCUAGAUGUCUCAUUCCUGCUGGGCCCCCUGCUGCUGCUGCUGCUUGUCCUGCUUGGGCUACUGAGCCAUCUUAGCUGGGUGAGGGCGGUCAGUCAGGAGAGUUAGGAACAGGAAAGCAGUUGGGGUUUGGAGAGAUGACAACUGGGGAUAAGGAAAAUAAAGAACUGGCAGAAGAUUCCCUCACUACUGAAGAAUAUUGUGAAUCAGAGCUCAAGGAGCCCCCAUCCAGCUCCUGUAAUCCCAAAGGUAGCUAGGAGGCCCAAACUCGUGGAUUUGGGGACGUCUUGGUCCCAACGGAUGAAUUGUCCUUAUCGUCGGCGGUACUCUAUUCAGAAAAUCCCUGCUACCCCUCAUAUCCUAAGUGACAGCUCUGAAUCUCAAGAUCCUGUACACCCUUAUCAAAGGCCAAAGUUAAAGAGAGAGAUAAAACACCAACCUAAGCUUGGCCUACUGGGGGGGGCACAGCCCAUGCCCCCCCAGGAACCCUGGUGCUACACGUUAGGAGCAGUCCCUCUCUCUCUAGCCUGGCACCUGCUUCCAUCACCAGCUCCCAUUUUGCUCCAUGUCCAACCCUCCCUCCCUGCACCACUACAGAGCCCUGAGACCCCAUCACUACAGAGCCCUGUGACUCCAACACUACUUAGUCCUGAGGCCUGCAAUCACCGGGAGCAAAACAUUGCAGGCCAUCAAUUGCACCGGCAAGUCAGCAGUCAGCCACACCGGUCUUAUUCCACUGUGAUCCCAUCACCCUUGGUUUCUUUGCACCCCCCUCCUCCUGAAACCAAGGAGAUGGUGCCCAGGCACAACAACCAAGUAGUACUACAGAUCUCUCUGUCCCCACAGUCUCAGCCUGGUAUUGAGCUCCUCUUGGGCCCCACCCUCUGGCCCAGCUCAGCUGCCCAACCUCCACUUCACCCUAAAACCUAUCCCCAUACAUAUUGCCAGGUUCCCCCCAAACACAGCCUACCCCAAGCACUGCCCUCUCCUUAUAUUCCUUCACAGCCCCCUGACUGUACUCCUUCAUUACAAGGAAGUCUAUCCUCCUCUUCUGGUGGCCUCCAGGACUGCCAAAGGAGAAGAGAAAGGCUUCGGCAACUUCAUAGUAGUGCAACAGCCCCCAAAGUUGGGGGGGGAUGCGUGCCAUGCGGGACUGGGCUUGGGGAGCAGGGGGGCCCUGCAGCUCUGGCCCAGGACCUGGUGGCACUUCUUGGUCGCCGCCGCAUUGCCAGGGAUCUGCGACUACUGCUGCUGCAGCGCCUGUGGCAGGGUCGUGCUGGACCCGCUCCAGCCGUGGAGUAUCCUAUAUGUUUGGUGUGCCGCAAACCAAGAGGGCCCUCCUGCCCAGCUCCCAGCCAUUGGCCUGGACCCCAGCUCCUUGCCUUCCCACAACUGCUGCCCUCCAGGCAAGGGCUGGCACUGGGGUCUGGGCCGCUCCGCGUCGGCAUCGGCUUCAGCCUGCGCCUGCAACGGGAUCAGGUCCAAGCCUUGGAACUACUGCCCAAGAAAGGGGUCGAGGACCUGGAGUACCUGGUCAAGGCCCAGGGCCCCAAGGAAGAAAGCUUCCCAGCCCCAGAGCCUCAAUUCCCACCUUGCAUCCCCUGCCCAGGGCCUCCACAUCUGCAGGCCCCAGACCCUGGUCCUGCUUUCCCAAAACCCAGCCCUUUCCCUCCAGCCCAUGCGCCCAUAUGCCCAGAGGCCCCCACCCACAUUUCAUCUCCAAGCAAGUACCUGGGCGCAUCUGCCCAGGAACAGCCCAGGCCCCAUCCCCUCUAUUCCGGCCAAGGCCCCAAAGUACUGGGAGCCCAAGGGACACCCUGAAGGGAUGGCUGGGUGGGGUCCAUGUCUACUCUCCAUCCCCGAAUCCUGGGAGUCCUUUAUGGAGUCUGCUGUCCCCAGGCUAAAAAUGGCCAAAGAGUGCUAUAGAGUCUCCCUGACACCACCAGUACUUGGCCCUCAUUCUGUAGUCCACAAUAAAGAGGAUGCUACAGAACA